GUCGCCCGGGCCGCCUUGAAGUGCUGUGAUCUGGACCGCACGAACUUGCUCGUCCCUCAGCUCUCCUGUUCGGUGGGUCCUGCACCAGAUCUGACCCCAAGGCCGCUGCCGCUCUGCCUGCGCUGGGCUCGGAACUGCAGCAACGGACGUCUCUUUUCUCCAGGAGGAAAAAUGGCAUCGGUAUCAGUGGAUCCACAACCGAGCGUGGUGAUGAGGGUGGCCAACCUGCCCUUGGUGAGCUCCACCUACGACCUCGUGUCCUCCGCUUAUGUCAGUACAAAGGAUCAGUACCCGUAUUUGAGAUCGGUGUGUGAGAUGGCCGAGAAGGGUGUGAAGACCGUGACCUCUGUGGCUGUGACAAGCGCGAUGCCUAUCAUCCAGAAGCUGGAACCACAGAUUGCGGUUGCCAAUACCUAUGCCUGCAAGGGGCUAGACAGGAUGGAGGAAAGGCUGCCUAUUCUGAACCAGCCGACAUCUGAGAUUGUUGCCAAUGCCAGAGGUGCUGUAACUGGGGCAAAGGAUGUAGUGACAACUACCAUGGCUGGAGCCAAGGAUUCUGUUGCCAGCACAGUCUCAGGGGUGGUGGAUAAGACCAAAGGAGCAGUUACUGGCAGCGUGGAAAGGACCAAGUCUGUGGUCAACGGCAGCAUCAAUACGGUUUUGGGGAUGAUGCAGUUCAUGAAUAGUGGAGUAGAUAACGCCAUUACCAAGUCAGAGCUGCUGGUAGACCAGUACUUCCCUCUCACUCAGGAGGAGCUGGAGAUGGAAGCAAAAAAGGUGGAAGGAUUUGAUGUGGUACAGAAGCCAAGAUACUAUGAACGUCUGGAGUCCUUGUCCAGCAAGCUCUGCUCCCGGGCCUAUCACCAGGCUCUCACCAGGGUUAAAGAGGCCAAACAGAAGAGCCAGGAGACCAUUUCUCAGCUCCACUCCACUUUCCAUCUGAUUGAAUUUGCCAGGAAGAACAUGAACAGUGCCAACCAGAGAAUCCAGGGUGCUCAGGACAAGCUCUACGUCUCAUGGGUGGAGUGGAAGAGAAGCAUCGGCUACGACGACACCGACGAGUCCCACUGCGUGGAGCACAUCGAGUCACGUACUCUGGCUAUUGCCCGCAACCUGACACAGCAGCUCCAGACUACGUGCCAGACAGUCCUGGCCAACGCCCAAGGGUUACCACAGAACAUUCAAGACCAGGCCAAACACUUGGGGGUGAUGGCAGGCGACAUGUACUCGGUGUUCCGCAAUGCUGCCUCCUUUAAGGAAGUGUCUGACGGAGUCCUCACUUCUAGCAAGGGGAAGCUGCAGAAAAUGAAGGAAUCCUUAGAUGAAGUUAUGGAUUACUUUGUAAACAACACGCCUCUCAACUGGCUGAUGCUUGAUUUCACUGCUGUUGACUCGACAUUGGAGACUGAUGAUGUUCCUGAUAUUAUUCCUUUGGAAGAAGACAAAUGAACCCGAUGAUCACACACUCACAGCCUUGUCCUCGUAGGCAAAAGACUACCCAACUAACACAAGGAGAGACCAUUUUAUUAAAAAUGUAAUAUGUAGCUUU